AUAACUAAUAUUUAUAUAAGACAGAAGAGAAAAAUGUCAUUCCGUAAAGUAAACAUCGUCAUCUUGGUCCUGGCUGUUGCUCUCUUCUUACUGGUCUUGCACCAUAACUUCCUCAGCUUGAGCAGUUUGCUGAGGAAUGAGGUUUCAGAUUCAGGAAUUGUGGGGCUUCAGCCUAUAGACUUUGUCCCAAAUGCUCCCCGACAUGCAGCAGACUGGAGACAAGAGGAGAUUCCUGUGGUCAUUGCUGCAUCUGAAGACAGGCUUGGAGGGGCCAUUGCAGCCAUAAACAGCAUUCAGCACAACACUCAUUCCAAUGUGAUUUUCUACAUUGUUACGCUCAAUAAUACAGCAGACCAUCUCCGGUCCUGGCUCAACAGUGAUCCCCUGAAAAGCAUCAGGUACAAAAUUGUGAAUUUUGACACUAAACUUUUGGAAGGGAAAGUAAAGGAGGAUCCUGACCAAGGGGAAUCCAUGAAACCAUUAACCUUUGCAAGGUUCUACUUGCCAAUUCUGGUUCCCAGUGAAAAGAAGGCCAUAUAUAUGGACGAUGAUGUAAUUGUGCAAGGUGAUAUUCUUGCCCUUUUUAAUACACCACUGAAGCCAGGACAUGCAGCUGCAUUUUCAGAAGAUUGUGAUUCAAUCUCUACUAAAGUUGUCAUCCGUGGAGCAGGGAACCAGUACAAUUAUAUUGGCUAUCUUGACUAUAAAAAGGAAAGAAUUCGUAAGCUUUCCAUGAAAGCCAGCACCUGCUCAUUUAAUCCUGGAGUUUUUGUUGCAAACCUGACAGAAUGGAAACGACAGAAUAUAACAAACCAGCUGGAAAAAUGGAUGAAACUCAAUGUGGAAGAGGGACUAUACAGCAGAACACUGGCUGGCAGCAUCACAACACCUCCUCUACUUAUCGUAUUUUAUCAACAGCACUCCACCAUUGAUCCUAUGUGGAAUGUCCGCCACCUUGGUUCCAGUGCUGGAAAACGAUAUUCACCCCAGUUUGUAAAAGCUGCCAAGUUACUCCAUUGGAAUGGACACUUUAAGCCAUGGGGAAGGACUGCUUCAUAUAUGGAUGUUUGGGAAAAAUGGUAUAUUCCAGAUCCAACAGGCAAAUUCAGCCUAAUCCGAAGAUAUACAGAGAUCUCAAACAUAAAAUGAAAUAGAAUUUAAACUAUAAGCUUUUCUCAGGAAAUCCUGCAAGACAGUAUGUGUGGGAAGUUAACAGUUGCUAGGCUUCAAUGCCUGCCUGUAACAACCCAUGGAAAAAGAUGUUUCAGCUGGGUAAAGAGAACAAACUGCCCUGUCUGGCGUCCAGGUAGACUAUAAUAUAAAUGUCUCCAUCUGCCUCACCAAGUGUUUUCUUACUAUAAUGCGGAAUGACCAGAAGAAUGGACUCAUGGUUGAUAUAGCUAGUUCAGCUAGCUUACCAGCUAAUUCAAAACUGCUGCUUGGUUUUAAUUUUGUAACCUAUUGCUAUCUGUAAAUAAAAGUUACAUUUUUCAAUAGGUA